UAAACAACACUAAUUCAGACGAGUUUCUGAUGAACUUGCAUUUGCAGUCUGCAACAUGCACCAGUGGCGUUUUUAGUAGACAUCAUAUUGGACAGAUAUUGAUUUUGCAAGUGCCUCUCCUGUAAAUUACAACUCUCUCCCUAAAAGCAAUUUCUGGACCACCAUAUUCUCAAGUAACGAGAACACUUAAAAUAUUCCUUUCAGUUGGAAUCGGAUUCUUUUGUCAUCAUUUGUGGUGCAAACGUUAAUAUCCCUGGUAGGCUGGGUCACAUCUAGAUGAGCUCUAUCCAUGUUAUAAAAAGGCCAACUUUGAAUGUGUAAAUCACGUUCAGUGAAAUUAAAAAUGUCUCAAGAAUUGGACAACUGUCACCAGACCCUCAGCAACCCAACUCCAUUUCGAAGCAAUCUAAAAUUAAUCACAUCCCUUUUGCCAACCGUGAGUGAUGAUGUGCUUGAUACAAUACGAGCUAUUGUUCCACCACCACCCCCCGUUUUAACAACUCUCUGUGCAAGAUUAGAUUGUGACAGUCCUAAUUCAACUUUAGAUGACAGUGAUGACAGUAGUCUACUUGGGGAGUGUCUUUACACACGUCGCCCCACAGAGGAAAGCCUUUUGGAAAAAGUAAGAGGUCCAACAUAUUCUGUACAAGAAGCUGUAAUUAAAAUUGAAGAACUUUUUUUCCAACUUAUAGAGCCAAAUAAAUAUACAGAUAAGAAUGAACUGACAGAUUGUAUUUUGCAAAUUAUGGUGCUUUGGCCCGAAGACUCAGCACUGCAGGAACAGUGUCUUAACUGUUUUGUACGACUAAAUGAGCAAAACAAUGACUUCUGCCCAUCUCAGCCGGUUUUAAAUUCUAUCUUAUCUACUAUGAAUCAGUAUACCACAAAUGAAAUGAUUAACAGAAGCGGUUUCAAACUUUUAAUGGGGAAAAAUAUUUAUAACCUAUUAAAUUGCAAGAUAGACCUUGCAAAAUUAGUUUUUAAUGCAUUGUGCAGAAUAAAUGGAGUGGAUUAUUUUAUAGUCUACGCCAAAAAUAUAGUCAGAGAUCUGGAGCCACUGGAAAAGUCUCAGCUCAGAUCAGAGAAACAUUACAUUGAAAUGUUGUUGGACUUCCCAAGUCGCCAAAAUGACACAGUGACCAUAAUGUUACGAUGGUGUGCUUUGGACAUCUUGAUGAUGCUGGCAGAAGAAACAAAGCAGUGGGAUACGUUAAUCUCUGUAGACGGCCAAUCAAAGUUGCAAAGGCUGUGUCAAAUACCAGAAUUUGAAGACAGAUGCAGAUUUAUACUGGACAAAACUUUUCCUUCACACAAUUUCAAGGUCAGUGAAUCAUUCAUGCACUCUCCAGCUUUUAUGAGCAUCACAGAAAAAUCUUUGAUGCAGCCAAAACAUAGGCAAGUGGGUAACUUGAGUCAUGAAUGUAUUAGAAUGGCACAAGGGGAGAAAUCUUUAACGCAGGAUAAUAAUGAAUACAAUGGAAGACCACUGACCCCAUCACCAGUGCACCACACAGCUGUGAAUUUUGAUGACAAGAAAUUAUCAGAGGAUGAAAUUUUACUAUCAUGUUCUCCACCACCAGAAGACUGUGUACGGACAGGGACACAGGCAUGGACAGGGAAAGAAAAUGAUAUAAGAAAUGCGUACACACCAAAUCAAAAUGCAGAACAGAAAAGUACUAGUAAUAAUAUAAGACAAAACUGUACACAGAAAGGUGUCAGUAAAGUCGGAGCUCCUAUAAAAUCAAAAUUUCAGAUAUCUGUAGGAAGUGAUAUUCUUACAAGUUGUAUUAUUUGUAAAGAGCCAAAGGGUAAGCACAUUCUCUUGGUAAAACAACUGAAACAAAUAGCACACUGUCUUCAUCAACCUAGCAACUUGUUGUUGUUUAAGUGCUUAGAAGCAAAUAUUUGUGAGGAUCACAGGAUGUGAAUCUUGUUCUUUCUUCUAAGUGUGACAUAGUGUAAUGUUUUUAAACCUGUUCCAUUUUCUUCAUUAAUUAAUUUAUUAUUUUAAUAAAAUUAAUAUAUAUGUUCUUA